CCUCAACACGAGCUCGUGAAUCAUCAUUUGUGCAGUUAGUGGGUCUUUACAACCCCGGAGCCACCUUGUAGAAUAGUAUUGUUAUCAGUGUUAUCGUUGAGGUGAGUCGUAAUGGCGUCUGAUGAAGAUGAAAUAUACGAGUGUCUCAUUGAAGACUUUAGGCCGAGGCUGCGAGAGCAUAUAGUGGUGGACCGGGUUCUGGAUCAUUUACAUGUUCUCGAAAACGACCAGACGGAUCAAAUCAGACAAAAGGCGAGGACCGAGGGCAACAUAAUAGCAGCUGAUCUCCUCAUUAACGCAGUCCUUAAGAAGCCACACACCAGAGGCUGGUUUAGGGCGUUUGUUGACGCGCUGUCAAAUGCAGGUUGUGAAUAUGCAGCUGAUUAUAUGCAAGUCAAUCUCCCAGAACCUGAAGUGGAGGCAGAGAAUGAUAACUGCGUCCGGCUUAUUCAGCUUCUGUCUCCCAGUCUUGUGGGCAUGAAAACUGAAGAAGUGUGUUUACACUGUUUUUCUGAAGGCCUUCUUACAGAAGAGGACUCUGACAUUAUUAAAAAUGAAAUAACAAACAGAGGAUCCAGGAGUGGAGCCCGAGAACUUCUGAGAAGCAUCGUGAGAGGUCGACCAGGGUGGUUUUCAAAAUUUCUCCAGAUUCUGCGUGAAACUGAACACCAGACCCUGUAUGAGCUGACUGGAGGGUCACCUGACUGUGACAAACAAGGCUCAGAUGAGAAACUUUCUUCCCUGAAAGAUGAACCCACCGGAAGUGGAAGUGCCACAGUGGAGAAUCCAGCAGCAGAUGAAAGCUGUGAUAGCCCAGAGCUCAUGGACAUCAGCACAACUGAGGAUCCUCAGGGAGAAGCCACAGACUUGUACGAAGGAGCAAGCUCUGAAUCCUCUGAACUGGCAAAAAGCUUGGAGCCCUCACAAGAUGGAACUGACCCAGUAGCAGCAGCCAGAGGCCCAGAAAACGGUGAUAUUGUUCUUCGAGAUUAUCAGACGGACGUCGCUAGACCUGCCUUGGAGGGGAAAAACAUCAUCAUAUGCCUCCCGACAGGAAGUGGUAAAACCAGGGUUGCAGUUUAUAUUACCAAAAAACAUCUGGACCGCAGGAGGGAAGAGGGGCAAUCAGGGAAAGUAGUCGUCCUAGUGAACAAGGUUCCUCUUGUUGAGCAGCAUUAUUCCUCCGAGUUCUUGCCAUUUCUGAAGCAAGCAUAUAAAGUGGAGAGAGUCAGUGGAGACUGCCAGCUCAAAAUAUCUUUCACAGAGAUUGUGAAGAAAAACGACGUCAUCAUUUGCACGGCCCAGAUUCUGGAAAACUUCUUGGAGAGGUCUAACGAAGGGGAGGACGAAGGGGUGAACUUAAGUGAUCUGACACUGAUCAUAAUAGAUGAGUGUCACCACACUCAGAAAGGAGGAGUCUACAACCACAUAAUGAUGCGCUACCUGAAACAGAAGCACAAGAACAGAAAGCUGGAGAAGGAGCAGAAGAAACCCAUGCCCCUCCCUCAGAUACUGGGCCUGACUGCCUCACCAGGGGUCGGCGGAGCAACGAAAAUGGAGAAAGCAGAGGAGCACAUUCUGCGAAUUUGUGCAAACUUGGAUGCUUCCAAAAUCAUGACAGGGAGCCUUGGGGAAUACAAAAAGGAACCAAGGAAAAUAACUCUAACUGUUGAAGAUAGAAAAGAGGAUCCCUUUGGUGAAGUAAUUAAGAAAAUCAUGAAUGCCAUUCAUGCCCAUGCCAAGCUCAACCCAACUUGUGACCUUGGCUCUCAGAAUUAUGAACAGUGGGUUGUUCAAAAAGAGCGAAAAGCUGCAACAGACGAAGAUCAGAAACUGCGGGUUUGCGCAGAGCACCUUCGACAAUACAGCGAGGGCCUGAAUCUUAGCAACACCAUUCGUAUGAGUGAUGCCUUUGCUUUCCUGAACAAAUACUACGAGGAGGAGACAAAGAGAAAAACAACCCCAGAUGAGGAGCCGAUCACAGUCACAGAAACUGAGAGAUUCCUCUUCAGUUUGUUUAAUGAGAACAAGGAAGAGCUGCAGAGGCUCGCACGGAUUCCAGCUUAUGAAAAUGACAGCCUGUCGAAACUAAAGAGUAAAAUUCUGCAAGAGUUCAGCAGCAGGGAGGAGGCCAGGGGGAUCAUUUUCACCAAAACACGUCGCAGUGCCAUUGCUCUAAGCCAGUGGAUUCAGGAAAACCCCAAAUUUGCUGACAUUGGAGUGAAAGCCUCACAUGUCAUUGGAGGAGGAGACCAGAGUGUUGUUAAACCAAUGACUUCUGCAGAGCGUGUGGACGUGCUGAACAAAUUCCGCAAUGGUGACGUCAACUUGCUGAUUGCUACCACAGUGGCAGAGGAGGGUUUGGACAUACCAGCCUGCAAUUUUGUUAUCCGAUAUGGCCUUGUGACCAAUGAGAUCGCUAUGAUUCAGGCUGAAGGUAGAGGAAGAGCCGAAGACAGCAGUUACACUCUAGUUGAAGUGAAAAACUCUGGGGUGGCUGAAAAGGAGUGUGUCAAUGAGUACCGCAAGAACAUGAUGAACAAAGCCAUUGACAAAAUCAGAGCCUUAAAGCAAGCGGACUAUGACAAACGAAUCUUAGAGUUUCAGAUUCAGGCUAUCAUGGAGGAGAAGGUGAGAAUGACAAAGAAGAAGCAGAAAGACAUGAAGAAUGCAAACCCAUCUGAAGUGAAGUUUAGCUGUCGUGGCUGCAGCAAACAUGUCUGCACCGGUGAAGACAUCCAGAUCAUUGAAAACAUGCACCGAGUCAAUGUUACAUCGGAGUUUUGUAAACUUUUCAUUCAGAGAGAAAACACCUCUCUUCAGGAGCGGCUUCUAGAAAGUGACACCAAUUGCUUCAUAGCAUGCAAAGACUGCGGGCAGAGAUGGGGUUCGAUGAUGAUGUACCGUGGGAUCGAGUUGCCCUGCCUCCAUGUGAAAAACUUUGUGGUGACAUUCAAUGGAAAGAAGAUUAGCAAAUGCACCAAGUGGAACGAGCUUGCCGUUAAGUUUGCUGCCUUUGACUACGCUGAACAUGCGAGCCGGGUGGCAGAGAGCUCAGAUGAUGAAGAGACAAUGUGAACUGAACUAUUUAUAAUAGCCAGUAAUCAAGAAAGCACUGAUUUCUUGUAUUCAUAUCUGUCUUGCUUGUACAGCAUACAUUGCCCAUCACAGUGUUAAAUGCGAUGUUUCUUUACAGUGCUACACUUAAAUGAGAUCUAGUGUUACUGACAGUGGUGGGGUUAAACGAUUGUCCAGAACAUAACAAUUUAAUCAUUUUCUUGGGUUGUUCCAUAAAUCUCUAAUCUCUUUCUUUUCUUUCUAAUCUUUUUUGUCUGGUGAAAUACUUAAAAAAUCAUAAAAUAUAUGUAUAGUGUAUGUAAGUGUACAUUACUGGUAGAAAAUAAAUUGGGAAAAGAUGAAUAAUAAAUUUCCUCUCCAACCCCUGAGGUCUCAUGAGGUGGGAGCCACUGCCUGUGAUAGCCCCUUAGAGACCACCUGUCAACAUGUGCAGACAAACAGAUGCUGAUGAUUUACCGUGAAAUACAACUGUUUGCUA